AUGACUCGGGCUGGAGUCCAACCAACCGACGUUCGGUUUGUGUCCGGACUCUCGGGUUACUUUCACAAAGACCUCCAAGCUGUGAAACUGAGCCCCGAGUAUAAUCCUCUCGUUAAUAACAUCGCCGCUGUCACCCCAGGAUUUGAAAAGGUCGUCCAGGCAGGCGAAGUCAUUUCAAUCCUGAUUCGUCUCCCAAAUGGCUCCGUGGCCAUCGGUGACUGUGCCGAUGUCAUCUUCUCCGGGGCUGCGUCGCGCGACCCUUUAUUCAUACCGGCACAGCAUCUCCCAUUCUUGAACGACGUGAUUCGACCUUGGCUUCUCCAAUGCGACGUUUCCACGUUUCGUCCGAAUGCCGUCGAAGUGGAUGCGCCAUGGCAUGCUCUGGGGAACAAAAGGCUUCACACGGCCGUUAGAUAUGGCCUCACUCAAGCGCUGCUGUCAGCCACGGCUCUUUUCUGGCACUGCACCAUCUCCGAGGUCAUUUCUCGUGAGUGGAUGCUGAAUAUCAGUACCCGCCCAGUAGGACUUCUUGCGUCCUGCCACCGCAACGAUCAGCUGCAGCUGGACAGAAUGAUCAUGAAACAAGUGGCACUUUUGCCUCAUGCAUCUUUUGUCCAUGUGAAUGAUAUCGGACCGAAAGGACAAGCCCUACUUGACUAUGUACACUCGGUGUCAAAACGAAUCCAAGAACGCGGGAACCCGAAGUACCGACCACGACUGCACUUUGAUGUCUAUGGCACGAUCGGAGACGCUUUCACCGACAACAAGAUCCCAGACUUCUUGCAGCUAGUUGAGCGCGCUGCGUAUCCCUAUGACAUCCUCAUUGAAUCACCUAUUGUCGCAGCCACCAAAGAAGCGCAAAUCAAGCGUCUCCGCCAACUGAAGAAAAGCCUCCAUACUCGAAACAUAAACGUCAGAAUUGUCGCGGACGAGUGGUGCAACACUCUCCAAGACAUACGCGAAUUUGCCGAAGCCAACGCGGUGGACUUUGUCCAAGUCAAGCUCCCGGACCUGGGGAGUCUGCAUAAUUCCAUCGAUGCGGCCAUAUACUGUCGAUCGCAGAAUAUCGGAUGCUGUCUUGGAGGAUCUGCCAACGAAACCGACAUCUCAGCUCGGAUUACGGCCCAAGUCGCAUUGGCAACGCAGCCAGACUUUCUCCUUUCAAAGCCGGGGAUCGGGGCUGAUGAAGGGGUGAUGAUCUUGACGAAUGAAAUGCUCCGAACGUUGGCGUUGGUGGAAAGAUUCGAUUGCGUUUCUAAGCAAAAGGAUCAUGAAUCAGAGUCAACGCUGUUGGGGGUCCAGCCUAAUAGAAACGGCGCACACCUGUGA